GGUCCUUUCCCUAAUAUCCUUUGGGUCCUUUCCCUGCUCCUUCGCCUCCUCCAAUUCGUCCUUGCUUUGCCCUGGCCUCCGCCCUGCUCACACGCCCGAGUCCCAGCUCCCGAGGCCUCUCGUAGCCCAGAACCCUUCCUCUUCCCCAGUUGUGGCCUAAACUCCAAGUUCUAGCUGCCUGGGCUCUCACGGUAUCAACUCUGACCCCCUCAACUUUGACCCACCCCCACUCUGGACUCUUACAGUUCUAAUCCAUCCUUUUAAAGAUUCUGCCUUCCUUACCCACUCUGACCCUAGCCCUAUUCCAAAGCCCCUCAUUAUUCUCCCCCCCAUUGAAACAUCCCUUCCCCAAUUCUGACUCUCCUCACAUCUCUUGACUCCCUCCCCAACACCAGCCCAUUUCUCCCAACCCAGAUGUUGACCCCAAGCAUCCUAAUCCUAUUUGGGAGUCAGACAGGGACUGCCCAGGAUGUGGCCGAGAGGAUCGGGAGGGAGGCCCGGCGGAAGCGGCUCCAGUGUAGGGUUCAGGCACUGGAUUCCUAUGAUGUGGUGAAUCUGAUUAAUGAACCACUGGUGAUAUUUGUUUGUGCAACUACAGGCCAAGGAGACCCACCUGACAACAUGAAGAAUUUCUGGAAGUUUAUAUUUCGAAGAAACCUGCCUCCUACUUCCCUCUGUCAGAUGAAUUAUGCUGUGCUGGGUCUUGGCGACUCCUCCUAUGCCAAGUUUAAUUUUGUGGCAAAGAAACUACACCGGCGACUGUUACAGCUUGGGGGUAAUGCACUCCUGCCUAUUGGUUUGGGUGAUGAUCAGCAUGACCUGGGGCCUGAUGCAGUUAUUGAUCCCUGGCUUCUGGACCUGUGGGGAAAGGUUCUGGGACUGUAUCCUGUGCCUUCUGACCUUAGCGUGAUACCUGCAGAUACACCUCUGCCUUCAAAGUUCAUUUUGAACUUCCAGGAUGAAACUCCAGAGAUUUCUUCUGAGGAACAGCAUUCAGAGAAUCGAAGCCCAGGAGAGCUCCCUUCUGAACACAAACCCUUCCUGGCUUCCAUGGUCUCCAAUCAAAGAGUAACUACAGAAUCACACUUCCAGGAUGUUCGGCUAAUUGAAUUUGAUAUCACAGGCUCUGGAAUCAGCUUUACAGCUGGUGACAUUGUAAUGAUCCAGCCUCAGAACUCAGCCAGUGACACUCAGCAAUUCUGUCACCUGCUCAACUUGGACCCAAACCGGUGUUUUGUGCUACAGCCUCGGGAGCCAGAUGCCCCCUGCCCAGUUCAGCUGCCUCAUCCUUGCACCAUCCAACACCUUGUGUCCCAUUAUCUGGACAUCACUCGUGUUCCCCAUCGCUCCUUUUUUGAGAUCCUGGCCUGUCUAUCUCACCACCAAAUGGAACGUGAGAAGCUGCUAGAAUUCAGUUCUGCACAAGGCCAGGAAGAAUUAUACAAUUACUGCAAUAGACCUCGAAGGACCAUCUUGGAGGUCCUGGGUGAUUUCCCUCAUUCAGCAGCUUCCAUCCCACCAGACUACCUACUGGACCUCAUCCCCCCGAUCCGGCCCAGGGCCUACUCCAUUGCCUCUUCAUUGUUGGCUCAUCCUCUCAGGUUGCAGAUCCUUAUGGCUGUGGUGCAGUAUCAGACUCGACUACGCAAACCCCGCCAGGGCCUCUGUUCUUCCUGGUUAGCCUCCUUGGAUCCAAGGAAAGGACCAGUAAGAGUUCCCCUUUGGGUUCGAAACAGUACAAUGACCUUCCCUUCAGAGCCUAACACCCCUGUGAUCAUGGUGGGACCUGGUACUGGGGUGGCUCCCUUCCGUGCAGCCAUCCAGGAACGUGUGGCACAGGGCCAAACAGGAAACUAUUUGUUCUUUGGUUGUCGCCAGAAGGACAAAGACUUUUACUGUGAAUCAGAGUGGCAAGAACUCAUUCAGAGAGGCUUCUUGACACUUGUCACUGCCUUCUCCAGGGACCAGGUGAACAACAAUGCAGCAUCUCUGCAGGAGGAAAAGAUUUACGUACAGCACCGUCUCCGGGAGCAUGGGGCACUGGUGUGGGAGCUGCUGGACCAGCAUGGAGCUUACUUUUACCUAGCUGGCAAUGCCAAGUCCAUGCCAGCCUCUGUUUCAGAGGCAUUGACCUCGUUGUUCCAAUCAGAGGGUGGACUCUCAGGCCCUGAUGCUGCCACCUACCUCACCUCACUGGAGCGAGCCAUGCGUUUCCAGGCUGAGACCUGGGCCUGAUGGUCUUCACAGCCCCCUUCCUCUACAGGGGCUCAGGCCUGGGUCUGACCAUCCACUCUUCACAUCUUGGUCUUGAAUACAUUCUCCAGCCCUCUCCACCAACCCCUUGACUAGAUCUCACCAUCUUCACCUUGUCCUAAGAGCUGGAUGUUUUCCUUUACACCUGGGGAAGCUGAUCAUCUUCACUUGCUAUGAGAAGAAAAUGACUGAGGGGGUGGGGCAGGGCCCAGGGAAUUUGAUUUUGUGAUUAGCUGAGGGAAGUGGGAUUGAGAUGUGAUCAACAAAACAACAAUAAUAAGGCAAACUGAUCACCUGCAAGGUCUUUAAAGGGAGGGGAAGGGUCGGAGAAGACUCAGCCAAGAGCAGUUGUGCUCAAACACCACACAAUCAGCCAGUGGGUA